CCUUGCUGCAGUCAUCGCACGGCUUCAAAAUUAAUUACUCCAAGUUUCAUGGCUCGAUGUCGCUCUCGAUGUCGAAGCCCAUCCUCUACUCGUACUGGCGCAGUUCGUGCUCAUGGCGUGUCCGCAUUGCGCUCAACCUUAAGGAAAUUCCGUACGACAUAAAACCGAUCAGUCUGAUCAAGUCGGGUGGGGAGCAGCACUGCAACGAAUACCGAGAGGUAAACCCGAUGGAACAAGUGCCGGCCCUUCAAAUCGAUGGACACACACUCGUUGAGUCGCUGUCGAUUAUGUACUAUCUGGAAGAGACUCGUCCACAACGUCCGUUGAUGCCACAGGACGUGCUGAAACGUGCCAAAGUGCGAGAAAUUUGCGAGGUGAUCGCAUCCGGAGUUCAACCGCUGCAAAACUUGAUCGUGCUGAUUCACGUUGGCGAAGAGAAGAAAAAGGAAUGGGCACAACACUGGAUUACGCGUGGAUUCCGCGCAGUCGAGAAACUACUCUCGACGUCGGCGGGAAAGUUUUGCGUUGGCGAUGAGAUUAGUCUAGCGGAUUGCUGCCUCGUACCGCAGGUCUUUAAUGCACGCCGUUUUCAUGUUGAUUUGCGCCCGUAUCCUAUCAUUCUGCGCAUCGACCGCGAACUGGAGGGGCAUCCGGCCUUCCGGGCUGCCCAUCCAUCCAAUCAACCGGACUGCCCGCCAGAGGCUGCCAAAUAAGCCCCACAUUACUGAACAGCACUUUUCCAUUCCGAACGACUCCACAACAGCGUGUUGUAUGCUAACGGGUGCGUCACAACCUCCAAGCCAUCCAUUUACCUUGUCGAAUCUGAUAUUGCAAACCUGAAUCGUCGUAGUCCUUUUUGCCAUGAAACGUAACCAAAAGUCUAGUCGCAAAAGCGGGAGAAAGCCAUCCCGUUGGAUGGUGUUCUGAAACUUUUUAUAAGCUAGUAAGAGAUGAUGCAAACGUUAUUUACUCAAGCCAUUCGAAAGGCUCAAUCAGGAUGGGCAGGGCGUAGAGAUCGUACACCAAACAGAAAUCGUUUACGAAAGCAACAAAACUACGGUUACCAUCGAUAUAGCGAAAAAUCACAUAACAAUUCUACAUGAGAAGACUGUCGCAACGGAGGUGAUUAGAAUGAGCAAGAAGGUGCUCAAAUAUGGUACGACAAUGGCGUGAUGCUUUCACUUUUAAAGUGGCUAUAUCUCAGCAUCACAUAUACAUAUAUUUUGAAUAUGAUUACUUUUAUAAAAGUUUGCUUAGACAUCACUAUUACGAGUGAAGCUAGGGUUUUUGCAUUUCGAAACAGUCGCUUCUGAAAAAUGAGGCGAUUCAACCCAUGUGGAAUUCAUAAUAAUCUAUUGGUAUGGUGUUUUAAACUUUAAACUAUUUCAUUGUCCGCUAUGGUGAUCGAGAAAACAAGAAAAUAACUUUUCAAAAGUUUCAAAAAACAGAGAUUGCAAUUUUGUUAUCCGCUUCAAUUUUAAUGCUUCCUUUCUUGCUAACAAUUCUUUAUUAGUUUGCUUGUUAUAUUGCUCAUCGCUCACCUUUCUUCUAAUCAGUGUCGUGAACAACGAAAAUCAUAUUCCGUUCUUUUUCGAUCGAGCACGGGAAGUACUUGCACAACGUGCUGCUGCGAACAGUGAACCGACUUGUGUUGUGUGGAAUCGAAAGAACAAUAAAUAU